AUGCCCUCCACUUCCGCCGCUAUCUGGGACAAGGAGAUUCCUGUGCCCGUGAGAACCAUCUCAUAUGUAGACGAUGGGAUUGUCAAGAGACUGCCUGAGGGUACUAGGAUUAUGUCCAUAUCGCCAUCUGGGUCAUCUUACUGGGCCCGAACGGCCAAAAUCGAGGCACUCGAUGCCCGGGGGAGACCGGUCAAUUACUUUGUCAAGGUUCAUCAAGGCGAGAAGGGCAAGCUUAUGGUCUCGUCCGAAUUCGAAGCCAUGAUCCUCCUUUUCCGAGUCAUACCGGAGAUGGUGGCCCGUCCAGUCGCAUGUGGCAGUUAUGAGUCGGAAGAUGAUACUCAUUUCUUUGUCUGCGAAUUCUGCGAGCUGAGCGAUGAUAUUCCGGAUCCCCAUCCGUUCGCCUCCCUCGUUGCCGAACUUCACAAACGUGGCGUUUCCCCUAACGGCAUGUUCGGUAUGCCCUAUGUGACCUUCGGGGGAAACGCCCCUCAGCUGUUUCCUGUCACAGAGAGCUGGGAGGAGUGUUUCACGACAGGUAUCCGUGGUGUCUUUGCCGCGGAGCUAAAGAGUCAGGGUGCCGAUGAGGACAUAGAGAUGCUAACCUCCACGAUUCUGGAGAAGGUUAUUCCGCGGCUGUUGCGGCCAUUAGCAGAAGACGGGCGGACAAUAACGCCACGCUUAGUUCACGGCGAUCUUUGGGAUGGCAACGCCUCGGUCGACGUCAAGACCGGCAAGCCAAUGAUCUUCGAUGCCACUCCACUGUAUGCACACAGCGAAUUGUCUCGCAUAGAUGAUCUCGCGCCGUGGAAGAUCCAAAGACACAGGAUGACACAGAAGUAUAUUGACGAAUACAUCGAGCAUUUCCCCAUAUCAGAGCCCAAAGAAGAAUUUGAAGAUCGCCUUUGGCUCUAUUGCCUAAGCAAGGAAAACAUGCGCCGCCUCAUCGAUUUAUAUGGCGAGGGAUACGAUAUCUAUCGGGCUAGAAAAAACCCAGAGGGAAACAUUCUUCGUAACAAACAAGCCUCAACUGCCAACAACGCUACCCUGGCUGCUGCUGUUGAUGAACCUGUGUCUGCAAGCUUAGGGUAG